CAGCAAUAUGGCUAAGUACAACGUCCAGGUGGUAACAGGCAACUUUGUCACUUCGGCCACCCUCGACUCCAUUUUCAUCACUUUGGUGGGCACCGAAGGCGAGAGCCCCAAAACUGCCUUGGACAACUGGGGCGUGGACUUCUAUGUUGGAGCGGUGAGUGAUUACAAAGUCUCCUGCCAGCGCGACCUGGGAGAAAUUGUGCUCCUGCGUCUCCACAAGCAAAUCAAACUCGCCCUCAUCCCCACAAGCUGGUAUUGCAGUUGUAUCACUGUGAUGUCCCCAAAAGGAGUGGCCUACCAUUUCCCCUGCUAUCAGUGGAUGGAAGGGCGAGGGUCUUUGGAGCUGCGGGAGGGGACGGCGAAAACCCCUGCCAUGGAUACUCUACCUUUACUCAAAGAGUUCCGGAUUAAGGAAGUUGAGAAAAGACAGNNNNCAUACAGGUGGAAGAUAUGGAACAAGGGCAUCCCCCAGUGUCUGAACGUUUCAUCCAUGAACGAGCUGGAAAAUCAAACCACAUUUUCCUUCGUCAAAGGUGCCCUAUUUGUGAAACGCGCUGUAAGCAAGACAAUAGAGCUCAAGCUGAGAGGUUACUCUGAUAGCAAACGAUCCUGGGGGAACCUGGAGGACAUCAAGAAGGUUUUCUGGUUCAGCAAGUCAGAUACAUCCAAAUACGUCACAGAACACUGGAAAGAAGAUGCCUUCUUUGGGUACCAAUUCCUGAAUGGACUGAAUCCAAAAAUUCUCCGGAAAUGCACCAAAAUCCCUCCAAAUUUCCCCGUGACCCAGGAGAUGGUGGCUAAGUCCCUUGGAGAAAACACCACGCUGGAGAAAGAGCUGAAGAAGGGCAACAUCUUCAUUGUGGACUACCAGCUCCUGGAUGAUGUCCCGGUUGGGCUGAUCAAUGGACGCCACCAGUAUAUUGCUGCUCCUUUGUGCCUGUUGUACCUCUCCCCACGGAAUCAUCUCAUGCCCUUGGCCAUUCAGCUCAGCCAGAUGCCUGGGCCACUGUCACCCAUCUUCCUGCCCAGUGACCACGAAUGGGACUGGAUCCUGGCAAAAACCUGGGUGCGCAAUGCUGACUUCCACGCCCAUCAGGCUGUUGCACAUCUGCUCCAGACACACCUGUUGGCAGAGGUGUUUGCGAUGGCUACCAUCCGCCAGUUGCCCAUGUGCCACCCGAUCUACAAGCUCCUGAUCCCUCACAUGCGCUACACCUUUCACAUCAACACUUUGGCCCGGGAGAGUCUCAUUUCAAAAGGAGGGAUCUUUGACCAGUACACUGCUGUUGGUUAUGAGGGCUUAGUGGAAGUGUUGCAAAGAGGAACCCGAGCCUUGACCUUGACGUCGCUCUGCCUUCCGGACGAUCUGCAGGCUCGCGGGGUGUCCUCAUUGCCCCAUUACUACUACAAAGAGGAUGGCCUGAAGCUCUGGGCAGCCAUGGAGAGCUUUGUCUCUGGCAUCAUCAACUUGUAUUAUCCAAAUGAUCACUCUGUGCAGGAAGAUUGUGAGCUGCAGAAGUGGAUGGAGGAGGUCUUUGAGAAAGGCUUUCUGGCACAAGAGUCUUCUGGCAUCUCUUCCUCAUUCACUUCUGUGCAAGAGCUGAAAAAAUUCCUGACUAUGGUGAUAUAUACUGUUUCAGUCCAGCAUUCAGCGGUCAACAGUGGACAGUUUGAUUUUGGUGCCUGGAUGCCCAACUUUCCAUCAUCGAUGAGGAAACCUCCUCCGGCCACCAAAGGGACAGCGAACGCGGAGAACUACAAAGACACCAUCCCUGAGAUCAACAUCACAUGCAGCAUUCUCAGCACCCUAUGGCUGCUCAGCGCCCCAACGGGAGAUGCGGUACGGUUGGGCAAUUACCCGGAGGAGCAUUUCACGGAAGAGGCACCCAAAAAACUCAUUGUUGCCUUUCGAGAAGAACUGAAGAGGAUUUCAAGGGAAAUUGAGCAGAGGAACAAGUCCUUGCCCAACAUGGGUGGACCUGUCCUUUGUGGUUACAAUUACCUGAACCCCCCAGAGAUUGAGAACAGCGUCUCCAUCUAAAUAGCAGUGGGGAAAUCACCUCUAACAAAUGUUUCUCCAGUCUGUCUGUUUCUGUAAGAUAAGUUCAGUAAUGUAGUUAACAAAAAGCAAAAGCACAUGACAGAUCCUGACAAUCUUUCCUCACCUCGGUCAGAUGCUCAGCAAGCAAAGUCCUAACUCCAUGCACCACUUCACACUACUAUUGAUUUUCAGUGGCCAAAAAUGCCUGGCAAG